UAUACGGCUCAUGUCUGCUGCAGCAAGUGAGCACAUGUCCAGAGCAAACACAGCCAGACUCUCUAAGUGACUUCAAGCUGGAAGUAAAUAUUUUUGCAGAAACUUCGGCUGAAGGGGCAACUGAAAUUUUUUUUCGCUGCUGGAAUACUUCUAAGCAAUGUGACUGCUUUUCUGAGCAUUCAUAAAAUUACUUUUUAGAAAUUACCAUGUGAUGGACGUUGGAAGACUUGGACACUCUUUCAAGAAAUUGUGUUGUGAUCCACAGGUAUGCCAAUACUACUACAGUAACAAGGACUCUCUCCACGUCAUCAGGACUUUGGGACAUUGGUUCUGCCAACCUCAACACACCACCCGGACAGCUGCACUGCAGAUCUUCUAACCAUCAAAAGAAUUCUCUGGACCUGCUAGACCUUACUUAAACCUUAUUUACACACAUCUCGAGGGCAGCUUGCCAAAAAAGCUUGAUGUCUGGGUUUUGAGCGCUUUGCCUGUCUCUGGCCAACUUGCAGGCAGGUGUGAUGCUGAGUCAGUGUGUUUGAUACACACAUUCACACGCUUUGUCUGAAACAGCAGAGAUCAUGCCAGACAUCCAAUACUCCAAACUUUAAGAAAAGCUAACUUUGAGUCUCACACCUGUGCUUGACAGAUGUUGAUGGAGAUGUCCCAUUUGCAUUGUCCAACAACAAGGCUUCCCUCUUCUCACACAUUACAGUGACACAUCACAUCCAAGCUGCUUUGAGCCGAUAUCCUGAACUGACAGACAGCAUUAUUCACAUCAUGACCCUACAGACCUUUAACUUGCAGCACGUCCUUGUCCCUCACCUCCUUCUCCUUGUCCUGCUGCUGCUCCUCCAGGCCUGGCGGGGGUGCUGUCACCCCCAGUGUUUGGACUACAAGCCUCCGUUUGAGCCGCGGCAGCCACUGGCUUUCUGUAAGGACUAUUCAAAGUUUGGAUGCUGUGAUCUGGAAAAAGAUGAUGAGAUAUCAGUCAAGUUCUACACCAUCAUGGACAACUUUGACCAUUCAGGUUAUAUGGCGUGCGCCCAUUACAUACGCAGCAUCCUCUGCCAGGAGUGCUCUCCAUACGCCGCCCACCUGUACGAUGCUGAAGAUGCAAACACACCCAUGCGCAUGCUGCCUGGACUGUGCGGUGAUUACUGCUUCGACUACUGGCAGCAGUGUCGGUACACGCUCAGCCUCCUCUUGGAGGACUCGGGGAACCCGCAGCAGUUUGCAAACCUGACUGCAACUUUAGAAGAAGAUCGCAGAAGGUUCUGCAAUUUUCUGGAACUGAAGGACAAACAGUACUGCUAUCCUAAUGUAUUGACCAAUUCAGAGCUAAACUCUAAACUGGGCUUGGUACGUGAGGAUCCCAAAGGAUGUCUGGAGCUGUGCUUGCAGGAGGUGGCCAACGGGCUCCGUAACCCAGUGGCCAUGAUCCACGCAAAUGACGGGACUCAUCGAUUCUUUGUGGCAGAGCAGCUGGGUUAUGUAUGGGUCUAUCUGGCCAACGGCUCCAGGAUCGACCGUCCUUUCCUCAACCUCACCCGAGCCGUCCUCACAUCGCCGUGGUCUGGAGACGAGAGGGGGUUCCUCUGCAUAGCCCUACACCCAAGGAUCACCACGGUCAGAAAAGCCUAUGUGUACUACUCUGUGUCUGUCAAGAAGGAGGAGAGGAUACGUAUCAGCGAGUUCGCACUGCUAACACAUGAUGACAACCAACUAGACCACUCCUCUGAGAGGACCAUUCUUGAGGUGGUAGAGCCGGCAUCCAAUCACAAUGGAGGACAGCUUCUAUUUGGCCAUGACGGGUACUUGUACAUCUUCAUUGGUGAUGGUGGCCGAGCGGGGGACCCAUUUGGAAAGUUUGGCAACUCACAGAACAAGUCAACACUCCUUGGCAAGGUGCUGCGUGUUGACAUUGAUAACAAUGACGAUGGCUUCCCGUACAGCAUCCCCUCAGACAACCCAUUCCUGAGGGAGAAGGAGGCUCGACCUGAGAUUUACGCCUACGGAGUUCGAAACAUGUGGCGUUGCUCCAUUGACCGAGGUGACCCCGCGACAGGCCGCGGCGGAGGCAGGAUGUUUUGUGGUGACGUAGGCCAGAACAAAUAUGAGGAAGUGGACCUCAUUGUUAAAGGAGGCAACUAUGGAUGGCGGGCCAAAGAAGGCUUCAGCUGCUACGAUCGCAAACUCUGUCACAACUCCUCGCUCGAUGACAUCUUGCCUAUCUUUGCUUACCCCCACAAGCUGGGCAAAUCAGUGACAGGAGGAUACAUUUACAGAGGCUGUCAGAUGCCCAACCUCAAUGGACUCUACAUCUUUGGGGAUUUCAUGAGUGGGCGUCUGAUGUCUCUGAAGGAGAAUGUCACUUCAGGUGAAUGGCAGUACAAUGAGAUCUGCAUGGGAAGAGACCAGACCUGCAGAUUCCCCAAACUCAUCAACAGUUACUUUAAAUACAUCAUCUCUUUUGCUGAGGAUGAAGCUGGAGAACUGUAUUUCUUAGCCACCGGAGCCCCGAGUGCCACAGCAAGAGCAGGAGUCGUCUACAAAAUAGUGGACCCUUCCAGACGAGCAGCACCAGGAAAGUGCAGCGUCAAGCCUUCACCUGUUAAGAUUAAGGGAAAACUGAUUCACUUCUACCCCAAAGAAGAGUUUGUAAUCAACAAGAAACCGACCACCACACCUGUACCCACGACAACCACAAGAACAACAACAAAAACACCACCAAGAAGAAAAUCACCCAUAAUAAUAAUAAAGCCACCAAUGCCAACAAGAAAAACAUUAAGAAAAAUGCCACAACCGUCCACAACAGCAACAGCAACAACAACAACAACAACAACAAGAAAAACAACAUUACAGACAACAAGAAAAACAACAAUGAGAAAAACUUCACCACCACCAACAACACCAACCUUAAAAGCAACAACAACAAUAAAAACAACCUCAGCAACAACAAUAAAACCGCCAACCAUACCAACAACUGACCAGAUGACCAUGGCAACAACCCCCGCCACAACCUCACCCACUGGUUAUCGCACAACCGUCAUGACUGCAGCCUUCUCUAGGAUUGCUCAAAUCCCAAUCACCACACUUCCAACCAGGAGACACUGGAGACCCUUUCAGUACACCCCUUUUACCACCUCCCAACCUUUGACCUCACCACCACCUCCUCGUUCUCCACACACAACAUCCCUUAAACUACCCCAGACGGCUCAGACCUCUGCACGAUACUCCGAGCAUCCUGAAGCGUUGACCACUCCACGAGCGCCAUAUUGGAGCCAGAAACCCACGACAUCAGGCUACAAGCCCCAGAGACCACCUAUCAACACAACGCUGCCCAAAUCACAGGAAGUCCGGCUGUGGCAUGGAGAGAAGCUGGAAAGCGCCGGGGAGGGAAACCAAGUAUAUAAGAGGCCUCAAGGAAGAGGUCGCGGCCACAACAGAGGAAGAGGAGGAAGAAGGCUGCGGGUUGGCUCGGUGCGAGUGGUAAGCGUCGAUGGUUUAUCAGAUAGAGGUAGAGUGGAGAUAUUUAUCCGUGGUGAGUGGGGGACAGUGUGCGAUGACCUUUUCAACAGCAAAGCAGGUACUGUAGUGUGUCGACAGCUUGGCUUCACAACGGCGUUGGCGGUGAUGAAGAGGGCUGCGCUGGGGGAGGCAGACCGCAGCGUCAGGAUCCUGUUGGAUGAUGUGGAGUGUGAGGGCGGGGAGAGAUCACUGCUGGAGUGCAAGAGAUCCAGGGUGGGGAAACACAACUGCUCACAUAGGGAAGAUGUAGGAGUGAUCUGCGGAUAG